AUGAUACGCCGGGGCCAUGUCAAGUCGAAGACGGGCUGCAAGACCUGUGUUGCCCGGAGAAUUAAAUGCGAUGAACUCCGUCCCCGUUGUCACAACUGUAUUCGAGCUAGCCGAGCGUGCAUUUUCGGUCCAAGUGACCAGAGCUAUCCUAGUACGCUUGAGAGAGGUGGGAUUACGUUGGCGACAGACGAGUCUCAUUCGUUCCUAUCAGCCGUGCGCUUCUACGAAUCUCCAACUAUCAUUGCUGGAGAUGAAUCGUACUUCUGCACUUUCCUUGUGGUGGAGCGAGAUACCCAGGUACGUUUGCAAGUGCUACCCGAGGAUCAAUGGCUCCCCAUUGCUGAGCCGAACAGUCUUUUCAAGUUGGCAUUUCGUUUCGAUUUUGUUAGAAACGUCAUAAGUGCCCACGUUGCAGGGAAUCUUGCAAUUUCAUUGAAUUCGUCCGCAAUUCAAGAAGAUGCCUUGUACUACCGGAGCCUGGCAUGUCGGGGUCUUAACUAUGCGAUCAGCGAGUUCUCAAGGACCAACUGCGAUGCUAUCCUCGCAGCAUCGAUGAUUCUUUCACUACAACAGGACAACUGGAAACAUUGGAAGAAGUUGACCGAGGGUACUUCGGCGGUGAUUUCAGCCAUGGGUCCGUGGGUGAGGGAUUCUGAGUUCUCUCCCUCCAUCACGGAUGAUGCUUUCUCCUCCUUCUGGACACAAGACCAGCAAUCAGCACGUCAAUGCACUAUUCAAGCAGGCUUGUAUAUUCCAAAGAGCCUGGAUUGCUUGUCCUCAUUGGGUAUGGACUCUCUUGACCGGUUGUCCCACUGCGUCAAGCCAGAAUAUGAGCUAGCUACGAUGCUCAGGCUACUCAAACGUGGUCUCCAAAAUGUCCGAGACGGUGGAACCCUAUUAUCAGCCGACGCAAAAUUCCGCACGAUCCAUGCUCUGAGGCUCGGCCGGAUCCCUAACCACUUCGGGUCGCUGGCGACGGGCGAUCCUGCUUAUCUCAUCGCCAUUGCACAUCUUUUCGCCGUUGCCGUUGCUAUUUCCAUGACCUUCUCGGCAACCGACCUCGAAUUCUUCAUUUUCAUCCGGCUCAAGGCUGUUAUGCAGAUCCACCAGGCUCUUACACAUGCACCUGUGUACCCGUGCCACUCUUGCGAGGCGCUUCAUGAUGCUACGAGAAUGUUGGAAUUUCCUUGGGAAGUAGUACGGACAUACUGCCAGUACCGAAAACGAGACUGA